AUGCUCUCAAGGCCAAAGGUCAGUGUAAGCUCCAUUUCUCCUUGGAGCCAAUCACAAGGCCCCCACGUGGCAUCUCUUUUACACAUGUUUGUUAAGGCAGAAGGAGACGUGGCAGGAGGGUGCCACUUGGCGCUUUCUCUGGCUAUAAAAAAACCAUUCUGGCUGCGUUUGCUUGCUCACUCUACUUCCAAGAACGACUCUUGCUGCGUUUCUCGAUUGAUCACGAGGCUGGAGAAGAAGAAGAAGAAGAAGCUAGCCAUGGAUCGCCAAUGGCGUUGCGUCGCUGCUGUUGCUGCUGGUGCGGCUUCUACUAGCGGUAGUAAGCUUGGCACGGUAGGCGGCGGCGGGGAGUACGGACAGGUCGCCCAUGGUGGCGCGCCCGUGCCUCCGUUCGUCGUGGACGCCGAGCGGCCGAGCCCGUCGACGGCGGGCAUGGUUCUUGGCGCGGGGUGGCAUAGCCUUGUCACGCCGGCGCAGGCGGCGCAGAUGCACCUCCGGCUGCGGCAGGCGGCGGGCGGGUGCGGCCUCGGGCCUGCGCCGUUCGCGAUGAAGCGGCGCCUUGCGCUGGUGGCGGCGCCGGCGCCGGCGAAGCUGUACCGCGGCGUGCGGCAGCGGCACUGGGGGAAAUGGGUGGCGGAGAUCCGGCUGCCGCGGAACCGGACGCGGCUGUGGCUCGGCACGUACGACACCGCCGAGGACGCCGCGCUCGCCUACGACGGCGCCGCGUUCCGGCUGCGCGGCGCCGCUGCCCGCCUCAACUUCCCCGAGCUCCACCGCGGGGGGCAGCACCACGCGCCGCCGCUCAGCGCGUCUGUCGACGCCAAGAUCGUCCAGGCCACCACGGCCGACCCCGCCGCAGCACCGGCGCCGUCAACGGACACGCCGCCGCCGACACUGCCGGAGACGAUGCAGCAGCUGGACUUCACGGAGGAGCCGUGGGACGAGGCCGACGGCUUCGCGCUGCGCCGGUGUCCGUCGUGGGAGAUCGACUGGGACGCCAUCCUCUCCUGA